AUGGAGUUUGUUGAGCAGAUUGGGCCAAAUUCGUACAAGGGAGUUUAUAUGGGGAAUAAGGUUGGGAUUGAGAAGCUGAAGGGGUAUGAUAAAGGGAAUUCUUACAAGUUUGAGCUCCACAAGGAUUUGUUGGAACUCAUGACUUGUGGUCACAGGAACAUUCUGCAGUUCUGCGAUAUUUGUGUGGAUGAUAAUCAUGGGUUGUGUGUGGUGACCAAGUUCAUUGAAGGUGGAUCUAUUCAUGACCUGAUGUUAAAAAUGUAUAUUACCCAUUCUUGCAUAAAGGUUGAGGGAAAGAAAAAACCCUUCUACUACCUCAAUUCAACUCUAAACCAAGGCAUAAGACCCCCCUCUACUGCCUCAGUUCACUAG